GCAGAACGCUAGUCAAAAAUUGUGCGCAAAACGCAUUUGAAAAGCGUUGCUUGUCUACUUAGGUUGUGUUUUCUGUAUACUAUUGCAAAGUAUUGUGAAACAGCUAUUUAAUUCAAAUAUUUUUAAAAUUGUAUUAAAAAUAGUUUAAUUUAGUUAUAAAAAGCAAAUAUGUUUGAAGCGCGUUUAACUAAUGCCACUGUAUUAAAAAAAAUUUUGGAUGCCAUCAAGGAUUUAUUAAAUGAAGGCACAUUUGAUUGCAGUGAUUCCGGCAUACAACUACAAGCAAUGGAUAAUUCACAUGUUUCCUUGGUUUCAUUGACGCUACGGUCGGAUGGCUUUGACAAGUUUCGAUGCGAUCGGAAUUUAUCGAUGGGCAUGAAUCUUGGUAGUAUGGCGAAAAUACUUAAAUGCUGUAAAAAUGAAGAUACAGUUACAAUAAAGGCACAAGAUAAUGCCGAUACGGUAACAUUUAUGUUUGAAUCACAAAAUCGUGAGAAAGUCUCUGAUUAUGAAAUGAAACUGAUGAAUCUCGAUCAAGAACAUUUGGGCAUACCUGAAACAGACUAUUCAUGCGUAGUACGUAUGCCAUCAAUGGAAUUUGCACGAAUUUGUCGUGAUCUGGCACAAUUUAGUGAAUCAAUGGGCAUUUGUUGCACGAAGGACGGUGUUGUAUUUUCUGCUUCAGGCGAUGUUGGCACAGCCAAUAUAAAACUGGCACAAACUUCUAGCGUUGACAAGGAAGAAGAAGCGGUUAUAAUUGAAAUGCAGGAACCAGUAACACUCUCAUUUGCCUGCAACUAUUUAAAUGCAUUUACAAAAGCAACGCCGUUGGCGAAUCAAGUACAAUUAUCUAUGUCAGCUGAUGUACCACUUGUAGUUGAAUAUCGUAUACCUGAUUUGGGACAAAUACGUUACUACUUAGCACCUAAAAUAGAAGAAGACGAACGAUAGAUGCGUACAUUUCGGCUUUCGGCUGUCGUUAAAACUUACUAUAAAAACAGCUAAUUAACUAUUAAGUUCGUCACAUACACUUUCGUUAAUUUUACAAUCUUCAAAGUAAUUAGUACCAUCACUACUCCAUAUACGAUUAUCAAAAAAUAAACAUAACAUUGAGUUAAUUAUUAGAAUAAAUAAAGUUAUUGUCUUUCCAAAG